AUGAAGCGACUGACAAAAUGGUGUCUGGAUUGUCGAAUCUACGGCCAUGCGGGUCACGAGCGAUGGGCAGCACGGAAAAGAGCGAAGGUUGAAGGCGUGAACACCCCUCCAUCGCAGGACAAAGUGGAAGCUUCGCCGCCAUCCACAAGCAGCCCAGAAGGGACACAACCUUCAAUUCCAACCCACAUAACAUAUGGUAUCUAUCAAUGCCCUGGAUAUGCUCCUUAUAUUGGCCUUGCUCCUACUGCCUACGGUCACAACCCACCCUCUGGAGACUUCCAACCACCUGGAAGCUUCAAGAUUCUCACCCCUCCUCUCAAUCCACCCGCCAUGCACCCUGCAAUGUGGGGAUAUGGUCCAACCACCCCUAUCAUGGAGAGCCCACAACGGGUCCCUUCAAAUGACUUCAGUCCACGUCCUCCUGCUCAGGAUAGGAACCAGGCUAGUUCUCAGGCUUCCGAAGCAGAAGAUUCCAGUUCUAGCAGUUCAGACGAUGAGACCUCGAGCAAUGAAGGUUCGGAAUCUGGACACUCCGCGAAGGAAAUGCCCCAGAAGAUUUCAACCGAAGGAAUAUGUUCGGAUGAUGAAGGUCACGGAUGCCAGCAUCAGUUUGAUGAUCCCGAUACUUCUGACGAAGAAGAGAAAGAAAUCGAUGAUCUACUUCAAGAAGGAGAGCCACAAGAUCUUCGAGGAGAGGAAUGGGCAGACCUUCAAAGGCACCGUGAAUCCUCCAUAGCGCCAUACUUUAUUUGUGUGGCCUGCUGUACCGCACGGCCAAAACGAUUGGAGGAUGAAGGAAUCUGCGUCUACUGCUUCGAACACCCAACACAGUAUUGCGUCAAAGGGGGACACGAGGACGAUAAGAUCUCCUUCGUUGACUCUGACGGGCACUGCCAUGAGGUUUGCAACCGAUGUCGGUCUAAUCCAGAUCCAACUUAG